AUGGCGCCGUCACCCAUUGUGCAGGCAACUCUGCAGUCUUCUGUCCUGGCAGCCGUGUCCAACAUUUUGGCGCAGGCUAUUACGGCGUACAAAAACAAUGCAAGAAGUCGUGACGAUAGAUUGGGUGCCCGUCUUUCAGUUUGUGCUGUUUGCGGUGGUGAGCACGCCGCCAAACUUUCUCUGGUGAGCCAGCAAGACUUUCUCGAAUCAACAUUCCCCGCAUAUCCCAGCCCCCCACCAUCCAAAUCAUCUCCAGACUCCAAAGAGAAGAAGGGCAAGGACAAAUCUCCCCCAAAGCUCUCCCUCACAAACACAAUCAUCAAAUUCACCCUCGACCAAACCGUCGGCGCCGCCCUCAACACGCUCCUCUUCAGCACCUUUACGCGCUCCCUCCGCCACGCCAUGCUCCACGCCCCGCGCAUCACCAACCUGCCCGCCGCCGCAAAGUACUGGUCCAGCCCCAACGCCGUCGACUUCAGGGUCGUGGAUUUCGCCGUCGUCUGGCAAGAGGCAAAGGCUGAGUUUUGGUCGCUCAUGUUUGCCGCCGCCAAGCUCUGGCCGGCCGUGUCGCUCGUCAACUUUACGCUUGUCAAGUCCGUUCAGGGGAGGAAUCUGGUGGGUGCGCUGGCGGGAGUUGUGUGGGGGGUGUAUGUCUCUUUGGCAAUGGGAAGCUGA